UAAUUUGUCACAGAUGAGUAACACAAUCAUGCACAAGUUUGUAAAUAUAUAUAUAUAUUUUCGCUACAGUUUAAUUUUCGCCAGUUUCUCUGUAGGAAAAAAAUCCCGUGGGAUUAAAACUAGAUGUGCAAAUUACCUAACCAUAUCAUUUAUACAGAACGGACAUCAAUUUAAAACGCCAUGAAAAUAUACCUAAAGGGAAAAACGUGAAUAUAAUCUGGAGCGAAUUCUAAACCGCAUACAGUGUUUUCCAAUGCGCUUGAGAUAGAGAAUCCAUGCUUUGACUACGUAAAUAACUGAGUGGCAGCCCCCGCCGUCAAAUGAUCCAUAUAUAGUAUACACACACAACGAAAGGUGAGUUUUCAUAUCCAACAACGAGAUUCACGAAUAGUCUACUUUGGCCCUAAAUCUGACUGUGCUAAGGAGGCAGCUACCACACUUGUGAAACCAAUGGCUUCUAAGUCAGGUCUUCGGGGCAUGACCAUAUUGAAGAUAAAAUUUUCUUUCCUGAUAAACAUCUAGCACGUAAACUGUAUAUAAUUGAACUAAAUUUAUAUAUCUUAUCACAAUUACACAAUUGUAUAAAGAAACUAAAAGUGAUGGUAACAAAUCGUUAAAUAAUGUUUUAAAGCAUGCGUCAGUGUGGAGAUUGACAACAUAUUGCAAUUUAAUAUUGGAGGAGUUGUUAUUUCGGGGAGCAUUUUUUAUUGGUAUUUCUUAUAAGGAGCACAACUUUCUGACAUGUUUGAAUUCAUUAUAUCUUUAAUGUGAUAAUAUUUUUGAAACGUAUUUGCUUUGGUGAUAAGCAGGUGAAUAGGAUAUUGACGGUUGUAAUGAAAGUAGGAUAUUGAGAAUCACAAUGACAUUAAGAGAAUGGACGAUGGAGGGUUGUAAACAAAUUGGAUGCACGGUGAUUAAUUAUAGACUCUGCAAGCAAUUACAUGUUUUACAAAGUAUUAUUGGUCACAUGCUUCUAUGUUUAAACUGGUACAAUUGAUGUCAAUUCAUAAUAGAAAACAAAUCUGUAAUCUGGGUAAAUUUUUAAAAAGUGCUUUACUCUUACGAUCUAGCCAAACUAUCGUCUAAUGUAUAUGCUGGUUUUUGAUGGUUUCUUUUUUAUGUAAACUUGACUUAUAACUCUCUUCAUGUAUGUCCAUCCUCUAAUACUCACUCCACUUUUCAUACUGUAGACAUCUUUUUUGUUUAUACUUUGUAAUUGAAUAUGUAUUAUGCUGAUGAGCCGUAAGGCUUAAAGCCAAUAAACAAUACAAUACAAUAAUGAACGAUGGGCUUUCUCACUGCUGUUACUUAUAUAUGUUCACAGUAUACACUCAUUAACUUUGGGAACUGCUGGCGAUCGGUGACUGGUAUACUUUCCUUUAAAAAAUCUUGCAUGCAUAAUUCAUACAAUGGAGAUGUUUCCUGGUACAUGUAACUGCGUGAGAAAUUUCCUAAUGACUAUAUUAGCAGCAAAUAUGUAGCUCUCUGGGAAAAUAUUGGGACAGAUCAGAGAGAUAUAAAUCCACCCCUUAUAAAAACCUUCGAUUUAUGGCGCAGAAAAAGCUGCGCACGGUUGAGGCCUGAUAUCGUUGUAUUCUUGCAUCGCCAUCUCAAAAAUUUAUAUUAAAAAAAAUUCCUUACAUAUUUUCCCACAAUAUUUGUAUCCAAACAAACCUUCAAAUAUUCAAUAAGCCCCCAUACGAACCAAAAACUCACAGCUUCAAAUGAUUCCGUUGCUUGACGUAGCCAUGUUUUGUAGUCAGUCAAAUCCAACUUGUGUGUUAAAUAUACUGGAUGUGAAAUAAUGGCGCUAUCUGCAACUAUGGUUAGAUCACUGAGAUACGGUAUGUCCUGUCGAAAAUCUUUCAAUCAUAUUGAAACGCUACAAAUUUAGAUCUAUGCUUAGUGCUUACAGCCGUAGCAUUUACAUGUAAGGUUCUUUAACGCGCCAACGCCUACCGCGACACAGGACUUCUGUUUUUAUGGUCAUAUCCGAAAGACCCGUAACUCUCAUUUCUAAAUGCCGAGUGUUUGGAGAAGGAGCAAUCACUGCCUAUAUUAAUGUCUUAGGUUUGGCGCGGCCAUGGCACGAACGGGGCUCGAACUCAUUCUGGUCACGAAGCGAACGCUCUACCACUGAGAUACCGCGACCGGUCACGAAGAUACGGAGAAUGGCUGAAUCCACUGAGCUACCGCGACCGGUCACGAAGAUACGGAGAAUGGCUGAAUCCACUGAGCUACCGCGACCGGUCACGAAGAUACGGAGAAUGGCUGAAUCCAAUGCUAUGUACCAUAGAACUUAAUAUGUAAAUAUUUCAGAUCAACUUAUUUUUUCAUUAUAUCUGUGUUAAAAGUUAAACCACUCUUAAGUUUUAUCUUAUCUUUAUAGUGUAUUCAAAACGGCGGAAGAGUAUGCUGGAGAAAAUAAUAAGCAUUUUGACAUCAAAACUAAAAGACAAAGGCUACUGUUUGACAUGAUUUAGUAUUAGUAAAGUGGAAAGAAAGAGCGAUGUUGUUUUUUUUAUUACUGUGUAACAUGAUUUAGUAUCAGUAAAGUGGAAAGAAAGAGCGAUGUUGUUUUCUUAUCAAGUGUUAAAAAAAACCACGUAUGAUAUGCUACUGUGAAGUUAAAGUAGACCAUUCCUGUGAAACUUCAAAGCCCUGCUCACAUUUAUAGUGUCGAUAUUGUUACACUGGAAAUGUGGAACUUUUAUAGCUAUUCAGUCAAGAAAGAAACAAAUCAUAGACACAAACAAGAAUAAAGUCAAUUCACAUACUAAACUUUUCUCUAACAAAUUUCAAAUAAAAAUUUAUUAAGUUUAUUAUCUGCAAUAAUAUUGCAAUACACAUGUAUAGCUGAAUAUGAUUUUCAAUGGUGAUACCCAAGCGCGUACCGCAUGUACAUGUAUUUUCAACAGGUUUCAUUAGAAGUUUAAAACAAAAUCAUUUAUCACGAAAUACAUAAAAAAAUAUAUAUAUUUUCUCUUCUGUGACGUAAGAUUUUCAUGAUUUAUAAAGAAGGGGAGUCUGUAUUUAGGUAGCCAUUAUCGUGUGGUAUAAUGAGUAGAUAAACAGUUUUUCACGAAAUUAUCACCCAAUGUAUCUACACGUUUAUACAAACCCAUUAUUGCGGGUGCCUGGUUCCUGGACUUGAGAAAAUCGUUAGAACGUCCUCCGUAUACUAGUACUUCUAGCAGGUGCGACCGUCCGACCAUCUUCCCAAGUCAAGGCUUUCUGAUCCGCUCCUCUCCGCUCCACAUUAACUUGAGCGGAGCGGAUCAGAAACCCUUGACUUGGGAAGAUGCCGUCCGACACGCAGUCGUGAAAUUUAAUCUCACAAAUUCUAAGUUCUGCUCUGAAAUUACCUUGGACAUCGUUUACAGCCAACGUCAAUCAUCAUAGCUAUAUAUAUUUUCUAUCAUCAUAUAGAAAUUAAUGACAUGAAGGGGUGGGGUUCAUUAUUAUCAUUUUUUAGACUCUCUUUUUUCUAAAAGAAAGAUAUUUCUCUUUUGGAUAACUUACAUUCAUGCUUAAUCACUGGGUUAUCUAAAUCUGCACAUAAAUAGUAUAUUUAAAUACGACGGGAAAUGUAAGAAGAUUUGUAUUGGGCAAAGUAUAUAAAUUUAAAAUAGUUAAAGCUCUGCAUUUUACUUAGAAAAAAUGUAAUGAUAUUAGAUAUUAUUUUGUUAAUGGUACCCAGUCUCAGUCAAAUGAAUUCGUAAGUCACGUGUAUAGUAUAGCUUGAGAGCACGUGCAGGGAAUAUAUGUUAUCGCUUGAUGUGUUGAAGCGAUAAUUUGAAAACACAUCAAUUUGAUAUUGCCUUUUAUCUGGAAAAAAAAUCGAUUUCUUUUAGUUUUACAUUGCCAGAAUUUGAAAGAGAUAUUUAAUUCCAUCUUUGCAAUUUCUGCCAUCAGUUGUUUUGUGGGGGAGGGGGGUGGGGGUCGGCAAACCUCUUCUCUGCAUGCAUGGUGUCAAGAUGCUACUCAAUUUAGAAUAAUGAAGUGUACAUUUGGACGUAUUUGUUUUUUGGUUGUUUUUUUUUUCUAUUUCAUUAAAAUUUGCAGUAUGGCUGGACUACUUAUUACAAACAAUGGACACGGAAGAAACAAUAGAAUUUUUAAAAAUCAAAGGUCACGUGCCACGGUGAGCGUCAUCACUAUCGAAUUCUAGAAUGGUACAUGUUCAUAAAACAACAAAUAAACAGGUUACAAGCUCGCUGAAUUCAUUGAGACUUAGCAAUACUUGACCGACUUUUAUUAAGAUGUUUAAGUGAUCAGAGACAGUGGACACGAAAUGAAUUUGUCUUCCUGAUAAACAAACUCCGUUGACUUCAAUAGUCCUCUUAAAGCCUUCCCUCCAAUAUAUAGAAGCGGAAAAUGACGCUUACUAUUCGUAUGUUCUGCGUCGUAAUCGCAUAUAAUUAUCCCUCAAUCCUCUCAACACGGGAUUUCUCUCGAAGUUUCUGCUUAGUGAUUGGCUGAAUGUGUUUUAUAAAUUGAUGACCAGUCUAAAGGAUUUCAUUUCUACCCAUUCGACAAAGAGAUAUUACAUAUUUCUGCAGCUUAUAAACGAUUUAUAAAAUGGCCGAUAAUUCCACAUCUGACGUCAUGGGAGCAGCGACGGACCCCCGCAGCGAAGCAGACGACAUAAUGGCUGUGGCAAAGAAAAUGCACUGGGUAACCAGUUCCAUCUUCGGCUGCAUUUUUGUCAUUAUGGGUCUCGUCGGAAACAUCUUAUCGAUUCUGAUCUGGAGCCGGAAGUCCAUGCGGUCCUCGACCGGGAUUUAUUUGAUCGCUCAGGCAGUGGCAGACAUGGGGCUCCUGGUGUUCUUCUUCAUCACAGACAGUCUUCCGAUGAUGGCGCCACCUGUGAAGUCCAGCUAUGCGUUCGGGGUGUUUUUCUCCUACAUCGGCUACCCGAUCUUCUUCCUGUUUGUCGUCUGGAGUAUCUGGAUGACGGUGGGUGUGACUGUGGACCGCUACAUACAAGUGUGUUGGUUCGUUAAAGCGAAGGAAAUGUGCAGUAAUAAAAGAGUUUUCCUCGGGAUCGGAAUCAUUGCUCUGCUAUGCUUCAUCAUCAACACUCCCCAUUUCAAGACAUUCUACCCAAUCCCCGAGUCCGAUAGAAAACCAACAGACGACUCUUACGCUCACACCGAGUUCGGUGCCAGUGAGGGAAGCCUGCGCUAUGAAUUCUGGGUACAUUGUAUGUUUCUUGUCCUUGUUCCAUGGCUUACGAUCUUCAUCCUGAAUAUUCUAAUUAUCUCUCGGGUUCUCAGAGCGAAUAGGGAAAUGUCAGUCAGGAAAAGCGCAAAAGGACAAGAGAAAACCAAAAGGGCGGGGAACCAGAUGACCCGUCUUCUUCUCACCGUGAGCUUUGUUUUCCUUAUCCUCAUCGCCUUACAGUGCGUCACGCAGUGCUUCUUCAUGAUGCAACCGGAAACGGCCGAUCUGCGCAUUGUCAAUGAGGCAUUUUCUGUGGCCAAGCUUGGUAUCGUCAUCAAUUCGUCCAUCAACUUUUUCCUGUACUGCCUCAGCGCGCGAAAGUUCCGAAAGGAACUAUUCAAGGUCCUCGGAGUCCGCAGAAUCCGGAAAGAGGAGUCAUUCUCCAGUUCCACGAAUUCCACUACCCUAACAUCCACCAGUUACAAAAUGUCUUACAAAGCGUAGUCAUGGAGAUUACGUCAUUGAGUAACAGAGCUAGGCACUAUUGUGUUUACCAACUAAUUUCGUCUCUGAAAAAAAAAAAAAUGAAACCCUUCAUUUUAGUUAACAAGGUUUCUUCUGUUGGGAAGAAGAAUGUUGAUGUUUCCACUGGACUGAAAUUUUCAGAGUCCGUUUUCUUGUUGAACAUUUUCCUUGCGGAUGUUAAAGAACCCGUAUACACACGUCCAUUCCAAUGACAAACGGGAAAGAUAUAUUGAUGUUAUGUAAUGUACAUUGUGUCAUCAUGUACUGACAUUGUUAUUUAUCUUAUUCACUGCACGCAGAAUAGAAUCCCAACAUUUGUCAUCACCUGACUACACCCUAUUGAUUCAGCAAUGGAUUUUCCCCUCAAGUAACGACAUUUGUAUACGUGUAUAACUUUAUAAUUGUUUGUUUCCUUGUCCGGUUGUCACCGGUGUAAAUACUUAAGUACAUGUACAUAUAACUAAGAAUAGUCGUUAAUUUUUGGUCUUCGUCCUAUUGUGAAAUUCUUGAAGCAUUAUUCAUAUUCGACUUGAUCUAUAUUGAGAACUCAGUUGUCCAUGUUUUGCAGUAUGUAGCUGUUAUUAAAGGUUGUGUCGAUAAAA